AUGUCUGUCGCUGUAGCAGGAGGUUCCAGCGGUAUCGGUAGGAGUAUUGUGGAGGCAAUUGUAGCCCAAGGCAAAUUUAAAGUCAUUGUUCUCAGCCGAAACUCAGAUGAGGAGACAGAGAAACGCCUUGGCGCCCGAGUAGCUGCCACUGACUACGCCGACGUGAACGGACUUGUGCACCUCCUAGAGGCAAACAAUGUUCACACCAUCAUCUCUGCCUUGGGGGCUAAUACGCCCCCCGAAACCGAGCAAAGUCUCAUUCGGGCUGCCGACAUAUCAGCCACGACUCGAAGAUUCAUUCCAAGUGUUUUCGGUAUCAAGUACACUCCUGAUCAAACAUGGUUUCCUCCGGCCGCAUCCAAGAUGGCUGCCAUGGCCUCUCUCGAAAAGUCGAGUCUUGAGUGGACUGCAAUCUACAAUGGAUACUUCCUCGAUUAUUGGGGUAUGCCGAAGGUGAAGAGCUAUCUCAACCCUGUGACGAUGUUCCUUGAUAUAGGUGCAGCGAAAGCAGGCAUUCCAGGAUCUGGAGCUACGCCCGCGGUUUUCACGUACAGCGGAGAUGUGGCCAGAUUUGCCGCUGCAGCACUUACGCUUGAGAAAUGGGAAAAGGAAUCGUACGUAAUUGGCACCAAGAUCUGUUGGAACGACUUCGUCAAGAUUGCAGAGGAUGUGCGAGGCAUCAAAUUCGACAUAACCCACGACUCCCUUGAUGUCCUUCGAUCAGGAAAGGUUACUGAACUUCCGGGCCAUGUUCUUGCUUAUGAGUUUUUCCCGAAAGAAAGGCUCCAGGGUAUGUUCGCCAUGUUCGGCAUACUGUUUGAAGAAGGGAAGUUCGACCUCCAACCGGAACAAAGCCUGAACGACUUGUUCCCCGAGAUUGAACCAAUGUCUGUGAAGCAAAUGGUUGAAAUUGGCUGGAAAUUUUAAUUUUGAGCAUCGAUGGAGAUCAGAUCAGAUAACUUAGGUAGUAUAGAUAGUACUGUAGUCAGGAUGGUAUUUACAAUUUCA